AUGGCAGACGAGUUGCUGAUUAUCGAAGGUGUGAGUGAGAGACAGAUCUUUGAGACCAAGCCCGUCGCCGCGGCGCCCGCCGAGGAGAACAAGACCGUGACCGAAAAGGCCGCCGAGACUGCCGCUGUCGCCAAGGACAACAUCUUCAGCAUGUUCGGUGGAGGAGCCAAGAAGGAGAAGAAGGAAGAAGCUGAUGAGGAGAAUGACCGAUCGGGCAGCGCAAAGGCUCUGAAGGACAAGGAGGCCGCCGAGGCGGACGAGGAAGACCGUGUCGAGGAGGAGGAAGCCGAUGUCCACUUCGACCCCGUCGUGCACCUCACCGAGAAGGUCGAGACCAAGACCAACGAGGAGGCCGAGGAGCAAACUUUCAAGAUGCGCGCCAAGCUUUUCAAGUUCGACCGCGAGAGCCGGGAAUGGAAGGAGCGAGGAACUGGUGAUGUCCGUCUGCUCAAGCACCGUGAGAACGGCAAGACCCGUCUCGUGAUGAGGCGAGACAAGACCUUGAAGGUCUGCGCGAACCACUACAUUGUCCCUGACAUGAAGCUUUCACCCAACGUCGGUAGCGACCGCAGCUGGGUCUGGAACGCCGCGGCAGAUGUGUCCGAGGGCGAGCCCGAGGCACAAACUCUUGCUAUCCGAUUCGGAAACUCAGAGAACGCCAACUUGUUCAAGGAGGCCUUCAUCAAGGCACAGCAGGAGAACGAGGUCCUCUUCAACAAAGACUCAUCCUCCAAGGCAGCGACCGAGGAGGUCAAGCCGGCCGCCGAGUAA